GAACUUUCUAGAAUGGUAUGGCAACGUAUUUUCUCUAGAAUUCUGCUCUUAAGCCGGGUUUUGUUAUUUAUUUCUUGUUCAUCGCGUUUUUCGAAAGAUAAAAGUUAAUUUUUCUUUCGUAAGAGUGUCUUCAUAUAAAUUCUGAGGUAUUUAAAUCGUUUACUUAGUAAUUUGCUAACUUUUUUAACUAUCGAGUAUGGCUAAAUGGGGAGAAGGAGACCCACGAUGGUUGGUUGAAGAAAGGCCUGAUGCAAAAAAUGUAAAUAAUUGGCACUGGACGGAAAAAAAUGCAUCGCACUGGUCCAAAGAUAAAUUAAAAGAGCUUCUCGAAGGAAUUAAGAUUGAAACCGAUUUCGGCAAGUGCGAGAUAACCGAAUUGUCAAAAUGCGAGGGUGAUGCAGUGGUGAAUAAUCGCAAAGCUAAACUCAUUUUCUUCUAUGAAUGGGUAUUAACUCUAAAGUGGUCUGGUAGUCUCGUGAAUGGUGAAUCUACCGUCAAAGGCACCGUUGAAGUACCCAAUUUGAGCGAAGAACACCACGAUGUUAAAGAUGUAGAUAUCACUGUGCAACUUGAAACCACCGGUUCCGAGUCCGAUAUCUUGAAAGAUGUCAUGCGAACAAACGGAGCUGAGAUUAUAAGGGAGAAAUUGGCUAAGUACAUCAACUGCUUGAAGGAAGAAUUUUCUCAGGGUCUCAUCUUACCCACCAAAGAUAGUUCCGCUGCGUCUGACGAAAAGAAAGUUGUGAAAAAAUCUAACAACAACGAAGCGAUCUCUGUGAAGUCCCCAAAAACGACGAAACCAAUGGAAACCGGUGAGCUGCAAACAACCGAAACUUUUAAAUGCACCGCCGAUGAAUUCUACCGAGCUCUGACGGUUAAGGAGUUGGUUCAGGCAUUCACCCAAGGGAAUUGUGUCCUCGAACCCGAAGUCGAUGGCAAGUUUGAGUUUUUUGAUGGAAAUGUCCAUGGCCAUUUUGUGAAACUGGUUCCUAAUAAAACAAUACAACAGAAAUGGAGGUUCAAAUCCUGGCCUGAAGGACACUUCUCGGAUGUUGUGAUUGAUAUCAAUCAGAAGUUGGACUGUACUGAGGUGAUUGUCACUCAAGUAGGAGUACCAAAGACUGAAUUAGAUAAUACCCGUGAAGGUUGGAAGAGGUUUUACUGGGAGAGUAUGAAGAGGACUUUAGGUUUUGGAGCACUUUUAUUUUGAUGCUUCUCUAUGGUUUCCAUUCAAAUAAUUUAUAUAACAUCAGUUAAUGUUUGUCAUAUUGUCACAAAUUCUUAUGGUUAACUCCCUACUUUAACCAGGGUGUAGAAAAAACCUGUAUUUAUUUUAUAAGUAUGAAUUUUUGCUUUAAAUCAGCUCUUUUUUUAAAAAACUGAGAUAAUGAAUGAAAGUUAAAGGUGUAACGAAUAUUCGGCAUUUGGCCUCUUUACGAAAUAUUCGUAAUGUUUGGAAAAUUAUUUUAUCCACGAAGAAUUUUUUUUUGUGAAAUUUUAAGACUCCCAACUCUAACCAGGGUGUAGAAAAAUUCUUACUUUAUAAACACGAAUUUUUGAUUUAAAUUAGCUCUUCUUUUUUUUUAGCCAAGAUAUUAAAUGAAAAUUAAGGAUGUUACGAAUAUUCGGGCCCUUUGCAAAAUGCUCGGUUGGCUGAAGUUAGUGUUUGGAAAAUUAUUUUAUCGACUAAGUUUUUUCAGAGGAAAUUUUAAUAGUUUAAUAAAGAAUAACCUAAAAUUAUAUUUUCAAUUCAAUUCUAUGUCCAAAUCAAGAUGCAUCCAGUUCUUCACUGUAACCAAAAUUACAUCUUUGUUUUGUUUCCCCGUACUUAUUCUUUAGCCUGGUAUCAGGCAAAACUUGCUGACAAUUGCCAAGCUGUGUCAACAAUGUGUUAGCUAGUUUUUUAUUUGACCCUGGUGAAUUUUAUUUUUGAAAUGAAACAUAGAAAAAUCUUAAUGAUGAAAGAAAAAAUAUGCAAUGUGUGUAAUAUUCUACAUUUCUUUUAUAAUUUUAAAAUCAGGUUUUUCUUAUGGUGACUUCAUAAAUUCGGUUUCAUAAGACUAAUAUUGUUUUGAAUCUGCACAUCAUUUUGCAGUACUCCUUAAUCUUAUUAAAUGCUACCAUCAUUCUUAACACUUUAAGAUCAUUUUUAGGCAAAAAAAUUUAUAAUUGUCAUUAAAAAUUUAUAUUUGUGUGUCCAUCUUAUUUGAGUGAUUUUUUAAUAAGAAAUCAAGGUCAAAGCGAUAGAAAAUAGAAGUUUUUAAGAACAGUAAAAACUCCAAGAUGCAGUUUCUAAUCUAAAGGACACCUCAAUUUUGUAUUCUAAUAUUUUUGUCUGUUAUCUUGCUAAUGGAUGAGCAGGGGUGUGUCUAGGUUUUUCUGAGAGGUACCUAUUUUGUGAAAAUUUAGACAUAAUUUGUGAAAAAUUAAAGAUUAUAUUAGAAAAAAUCAACACAAAAAUAUGGAUUUAUCGUUGUUUAAGGGAUACAAAAAUAAAAUUUUAAGAAAAAGUAUUUUGUAAAACCUACCCUUUUUCCUAAAAUUGAAUUUGUGAAACUACCGUUUUUCCUAAAGUUGAAUUUUUGAAGGUACUGCUAAACGGUAGUAAAUUCGGCCUGGACAGACCCCUGAUGAGUAUUAAUUUUUCUGAGAAGCUAAAUUUGUAUUGUUGUUGCUUCUUUGCUACUGGAAUGGACAAAAUUAAAUCACUGUUAGUGAACGUUUUGCACCAAUUCAAUUAGUUAAAAGAUUAUAUAAACCACUUACAAUUAAUCAGUAAUGUUAUUUUAAAAUGUUUUGCAAAUUUUUUUGCAUGGAUAACUGUUAAGUAAUGAAUUAAGCUACUAGGCAAUAUUACUUUUUUCGAAAAAAAAUUCUUUAAACAUCUCUUUCUGAUAGUAAAUAAAAGUUUUUCUGUUUGUAAUGCAAAUUAUUGUAUUUUAAAAUGUUAUAUAAACUUGUUUAUAAAACUUUUUAAUUUUUUUUAAUAGGUACUUUAGAGUGGUUUAUAACUUUUACUUUCACUACACUUAUUCUCUUGAAAAGUAAAGCUAAUUUUUUCAUUUCUAACUUUUUAAUAAUUUGAAUCAAUGUUUUUAAAAAAUAAAAUGGAGUGAUAGUAACAGUCAGAUUGUAACUGAAUAUUUAUUCUUCUACUUCAAAUAAUUUUAAUAUAUCAGUGUUGCUUAUAUGUUUGUAUUGUUAUAUAAAAUAUUAAAGCAGUUAUAAAUUGCUUUUCCAUAAAAAUAAUGACUUAGUUAUUUGCUAUUUCAUUUUUAUGUUAUUAAGUUAAUUUAUAUUACUCUACAAUAGGUACUUAAUAUUUUUCUCUUAGUUUUAUAAAUGAAAUUAAUAUGUUAUGUAAUACAUAAUUGUUUUAUUGAUGAGUUUGUCUUAGGUUGAAAAUUAUGGAGAACUUUGACAAUAAAUUUUUAGUUCUUUUAUUUUUUUUUUAAUAUAUAUAUAUAUUAUCUAAUGGCAAAGUAUUUUAAAAAGCACAGAUUUGUUUCCUGUCUUCAACAAUGAAAUUAUUUCAAAAUUUGUUCUGAAAAAAUAAUAAAGACAUGUUUAUAAUUGUAUUUUAAAUGGAUGUUUUGGCAGCAAUUUUGCAGCAGUCUCAAACUUUUAAAUUAUUAUUUUUAAUUAAAUGUUAAGUAUUUUAAUGCAACAUGGAAAUACUCAUAAUACAAGAUUAACUUUUCUUUAAAAAAAUAUAUAUAUUUCAAAUUUUAUGACAUGUAUGGUAGAAAAUACUUGAUAUACCAAAGAUCUUGCAAAAAUUUGAAAAAUAGUCUCUGCCAGACAAAACUAGUCUUACUAAUAUUGUUUUUAAAUUGCUUAAAAAAAUCUACUUUAAAAUACAAAUUAUUGUCAUUCAAGUUAUUUUUAAAAUCGACAUUUUUUCUGUAUUUUCCUACUUAAUCUACCGUACAUUUCAUUCCAUGCAAAACUAUAUGCAAAAUAAAUUCCUUCAAUACUGGCUUAAAAAUAGCUUUUUCUUUGUACUAUGUAUGUUACAAAAAAUUAUGCAUGGCAGUUCUGUAUACAAAGUUUCAUUUUCUGAAUUUAUUUGUCAAAAUUCUUAUAAAAGUAGAAAAGUCAUAUUUGUGAUCUUAUCUUCUACAGGUAGUGUUCUUUGAGGAUUGUUUGUUUCAGAACUUUUUAAUUUGAAUUGCUUUUACAAGUUUCAUCUAAAUUUACUUUAUAUCAUUAUUAAUAUGCUUAUCAAAUUGUUAUAAAUUCUUUUGAUAUUUAAUUCACUGUUCAAAACAUUAUAAAUUAAGCAUUAUAAAUUUUAUGAUUAAGUAUUCAAUGAGCAUUAUAAAUUUUAUGAUUAAGUAAUUUUAAUAUAAGUUACUGCAUUGAUGUUUUCUGCAUGUAGUUAUCAUUAAAUGGCAAUCUUGUAAAUUAAAUUUAUUGAAUAAAGAAUUGUUAAUUGCUA